UUUUGUGUUUUAUUUUCGAUUUUCAGCACGUGCAAAAUGUAGACAUAUAAUGAGAUAAUGUGAUUUCGAUCUUAUCGGAUCACAAAAUUUGAGAUCACAUAUCAAAAGUGAAUACCGAUAGAUGGUAGCAUGAAUAUAUUUAUGAUUUAUUUACAUUUCGUUCAUAAAAAAUAUGAACUGAUAACGAAUUGAAGAUUGCGACCGACUGCGAAUCUUCUCGACGCCAGUUAGUAUCGUGAUCGUUCUUGAUACGAGAAAUUCUUCAUUUAAUUCACGUUCAAAUUUGCAGAAUCAGGGUACAAAUUCCAAAAGUUGCAGGACGACUUUUCUUGCGACUUAACUAUUUCAUCAAGUUAUCUUGGCGAUUCUCUGAGUUAUUAUAGGUUAUCGCUGAUUAUCGUGCUUACGUUAGAUAAGAAUAAAAAGUGCGGUGUAAAAUAGCAAAAGUGGGGAAACGAAGAAAUAUUAAGCAGUAAGUAAGUGAAGGUGAAUGACACGUGUGUGUGUCUAAAAGGCUGCCAUGUUCACGCCCCACCGUGUCCACCAGUCGUGCGCGUAUUUUAUAAGGACCGCACGCUCACUACAAACAGCUAGUUACGGUGUCACGUCAUCACAGCGACUGUCAUUUGAAUACAAAACUGAUCGUCACCGUCACUUGCUGCGUAUUCCAUCAUCAACAACACUCGCGAAAACUCUCGGCGCUUCAUUUGCAACAAUGGCAAAAAUAAAGGCAGGACCAGUUGUUGAUAUUCUUGGGGAUGAGAUGACACGCAUCAUAUGGGAUGCCAUUAAAGAGAAACUCAUUCUGCCCUACUUAGACAUCGAACUGCAUACAUACGAUUUAGGUAUUGAAAACCGCGACGCCACAAAUGACAAUGUUACAGUGGAAUGCGCAGAGGCAAUUAAACGUUACAAUGUGGGUAUCAAGUGUGCCACUAUCACACCUGAUGAGAAACGUGUGGAAGAAUUCAAAUUGAAACAAAUGUGGAAGAGUCCCAACGGCACUAUCAGAAACAUACUAGGUGGCACAGUAUUCCGCGAGCCAAUAAUCUGCAAGAACAUACCGCGUCUGGUAGUUUGCUGGAAAGAACCCAUUAUUAUUGGAAGACACGCUCAUGCUGAUCAGUAUAAAGCCACUGAUUUCGUGGUGCCAGGACCGGGAAAGUUGGAAAUCACAUGGACUGGUGCUUCGGGUGAGAAGAUUCAGCAUACUGUCCAUGAGUUUAAGGGUGCCGGUAUCGCUCAAGCUCAGUACAACACUGAUGAGAGCAUACGCGCGUUCGCCCACAGCUCAUUCCAGUACGCACUGUCGCGCAAUUAUCCACUUUACUUGUCCACGAAGAACACUAUUCUCAAAAAGUAUGAUGGUCGCUUCAAAGACAUAUUCCAGGAGAUUUACGACAAGGAGUACAAAGAGAAGUUCGAGGCAAAGAAGGUGUGGUACGAGCACCGGCUGAUCGACGACAUGGUGGCAUACGCCAUGAAGUCCGAUGGUGGUUUUGUAUGGUCGUGCAAGAAUUACGACGGCGACGUGCAAUCGGACUCGGUGGCACAGGGCUACGGUUCCCUGGGCAUGAUGACAUCGGUCCUUAUAUGUCCGGACGGUCGCACGAUUGAAGCCGAGGCUGCUCACGGCACCGUCACCCGCCACUACCGUCAACAUCAACAGGGCAAAGAGACUUCUACCAAUCCGAUCGCUUCCAUCUACGCGUGGACUCGCGGUCUGCUGCAUCGCGCCAAGCUCGACGAUAACGCAGGUCUGCGACACUUCGCCCAGACGUUGGAAAAGGUUUGCGUAGACACUAUCGAGUCUGGUCACUUUACCAAGGACCUCGCCAUAUGCAUCAAGGGUAUGGACAAUGUCAAAAGGGCCGAUUAUUUGGAGACAUUCGAGUUCUUGAACAAGCUCGCUGAUAAUUUGAAGAAACAGCUCAGCGCAUGACUUGAAAACAAGGGACGUCUGCAAGCAAAAUAUUAGAUCAUCAUUGCUUUUCAAUGGUAAAAGUUAAGUCAAGUCAAAGUAAAGUAAUUGUUUGCGUGGUUACGGGCAAAAGGGAAGCUUCGAUGAAUAUAAUAUAAUAUAAAUUUGUCGCUGUAAUGAAAUCUUGAAAUUAUGUAGACUGUUUUUCACUUUUACACUAUAAAUCGCGAUCGCGAUUUAUUUUAGAGGUAUUAAUCAAAUCGUUUAUUUCGACAGCAAUAAAUAAAAAAAAAAACUCAAACACGUGAGAUAUUAUGCAAGGCGAGUGAUCGGAACAAUUUGGCAAUAUGAUAACGAUGGUCGAAUUUUUGCACUCGCUAAUUCAAUAUUAAUUUGAGAUAAUUACAAUUGAGUGUAAGUUAUUAUUUUAAUUGAUAUUUUCUGAAUUAUAUUAAAAUACACGGGUUUUAAGUAUUUAUAUUUAUAUUGCUAGAAUGAAUAAAAUAUUGAGGCAAGUGAAUUUAAAGUACUAAGCCGGUUAUAGAAUGCAAAAUGAAAUAUGUACGAUUGUAUAUUUUUAAAUAAAUUCUUUUUAAUCACGGAA